CAAAUAUGUUGACUUCAUUUGCUUUAAUACUAUUUUAUGCAGUUCAUAUGAGUCUCCACACCCUCCUAACAAAAGCAAGUUUCCCUUCUCUUGACAAUUUGCAAAGGUGACCAUUAAUUUCUCUUCACAUUUUUGUUCAUCUAUGCUAUGAUUUAUUCUUCAUCUAUUGCAAAGUUGGCUUGUUAGUCCUAAUCUCUUAUUUAGGUUGCAAUCAUCUUAAGUAUUAAUCAGUGAAGCCGAGUCAUGAGUGUUGCGGAUUCAACCAGAAGUUCAAGUCCAACAAGGCUUAAGGGGAAAUAUAGUGGAAUGGUGGUAUGUUGGAUUCUUGGACUUGGAUCGCUUGUUUCUUGGAAUAGUAUGCUCACUAUUGGAGAUUACUAUUAUGAGUUGUUUCCGAAAUACCAUCCUUCAAGGGUGCUUACACUCAUUUAUCAACCAUUUGCACUUGCAACAAUUGCAAUUCUUGCAUAUAAUGAAGCAAAGAUUGAUACAAGAAGGCGCAACUUAACCGGAUAUACUAUUUUCUUCUCAGGCGCAUUUGCGCUCCUAGUGUUGGAUUUGGCCACAUCAGGAAAGGGUGGUCUUGGAAAUUACGUAGGUAUUUGUGCUAUAGUUGGUGCUUGUGGAGUUGCAGAUGGCUUAGUUAAAGGUGGCAUGGUGGGAGAUUUAUCUUUCAUGUGUCCAGAAUUCGUCCAAUCAUUUUUAGCUGGGUUGGCUGCUUCCGGAGCUCUUACUUCAGCUUUAAGGCUAAUUACAAAAGCGGCCUUUGAAAGGACUAAUAACGGCCUUCGCAAAGGAGUGAUGUUAUUCCUCGCUAUUUCAACAUGGUUGGAAUUUUUAUGCGUUGUUCUUUAUGCAUUCAUCUUCCCUAAGCUACCAAUCGUUAAGUACUACCGCACAAAAGCAGCAGCAGAAGGAUCAAAAACAGUUGCAGCAGACUUAGCAGCAGCUGGCAUCCAGAAGGAAGCAGCUGAUACGGUAAAGAUUUUUGAGCGUCUAAGCAACAAACAAUUGUUCUUUCAGAACAUUGACUACGUGUUGGACUUGUUCUUGGUUUUUGUUACAACUUUCUCAAUCGUCCCUGGAUUCCUCUUUGAGAAUACUGGUUCCCACAACUUAGGAUCCUGGUAUGCUUUAGUCCUGAUAGCAAUGUUCAAUAUGUGCGAUUUUCUAGGAAGAUGCGUUCCUCUGGUCGGGCAAUUGAAGUUGAAAUCACGAAAGGGCCUAAUGAUCGCAACACUGUCUCGUUUCUUGUUCAUUCCUUGUUUCUAUUUCACCGCGAAGUAUGGUGAACAGGGCUGGAUGAUAAUGCUCGUGUCCUUCCUCGGACUCACCUAUGGUUAUCUCACUGUUUGUGUCCUCACAGUUGCUCCUCAGGGAUACAAGGGACCUGAACAAAAUGCAUUGGGUAAUUUGCUAGUAUUAUGCCUACAAGCUGGAAUAUGUUCUGGCAUUGCCCUGGAUUGGUUGUGGCUUAUUGGUAAAGGGAAGUUCUGAGGAGAGUAAGUAGGCAUUUGGCCAUGAAAACCAAAUAUUUUCCACUUUAUUUGGAAUUUUGAAGUUGAAGUAAGAUGAAGUUGUGUUUGGUUAUAGUUUUGCAAAGAAUAUUUGGUUGCUUCAAUGUACUGAUAGUGAAAAAAGUGAAAACAGGAAUUUAGGUAUUUUCCAAAUUCCAAAUAAAACCAAAUAAAGUUGUAUUUGGAAUUUUCAUGGCGAAACGAUGAUUUUCAAAUAAAG